AGCCAAUCUUUAACCACCGAACCCAGACAGGGAAAGCUAUUUUUUAUCCGCUUAAAGCGCCAGGAGGAUGUACCACCACGGGCAGUACCGAGCAACUUAAUGCCAAUGCAUUACUGUUAAUAGGCAAAAGUACACGGCGGAGUUCUCCUCUUUGCUCACGUCUACCUAAUUUAUGCAAAGUUAUCAGUAUUGGUAUUCCUCCCACGAGAGAAGGCGCAACUCCUGCUCUCUGCAGUUCACUUCAAAAAACUCAGUUGAGCUGUCAUCACGUCGCUGCAAGGUUUAACGAUGGGGUUGAAUGCAGGGAUCUGACUGCAGAGUGAGCCGGUGAUUUGUUGACUCUGACCUCUCUCACUUCAGGACCAUGUUUCAGAGCAUGGCUCGGGCCUGGCUCCAGUCUCACCUGCCCUGUGCCAAACCGACCAGCAUCACCAGUAUCACCGACAAGCAGCGCGCUUCCACGGGAGCUUGCUGAGAAGGUCUGUGUGGAGCGCCAUGCUCUCAGGGACUUGGCGGCGUUCGGUGGGGCAGCAGCACGCCGCCGCACCUGCUGUGAUGCCCAGGAACGUGACGGUGUGCGGGGUCCCCAGCGGCACGGUGGUGCUGGAGGCCCAGUAUGACUACAACUACCGCGGCGCUGAUGGCCGGCAGGUCUGCAUCAGGGAGGGCGAGCGCUUUAUCCUGCUGAAGAAGACCAACACUGACUGGUGGCAGGUGCGGCGGAUCGGUGCGGCCAGCAAGACGAAGCCCCUGUAUGUUCCUGCUACCUAUGUGACGGAGGUGCCCAUUGCACCGAUGCCCUCGCCACAGCGCCUGGUCGUGUCUGCCUCGCUGAACUCCAACCUCACGGUACUGCCAAGAGUGUCGCUCUCUCCCAACCCAAAAGAGACAACCUGUAGAGACCACCGUCAAGGGAACAAACCCAUGUUCCACUCCAUGGAAAACCUCAACUCCAACAGUGCCUUCCAGGGGCCGGACAACCAAACCAGCCGCGGCGGAGCCCGCUCCCCCACCACGUCACUCUGGUCUGGUUUUACCUGUGCGCCCAGCCCUCCCACCUCCCCUUCAGGCCACCUCAUGGUCCUCGGGUGCCCCGCGGCUCCCGCGACGCCGCAAAACGCACCCCAAGGCCCCAAGGCGGUCCCCAUGAUCACGCGGAGCCAGAGCUCCAACAACCUGCCUGAAAACCUGACGGAGAACCCGUACGACGAGGUGGGCGGCGGCCUCGGCAACCGCAUCAACCACAGGAUGCCCAAGAAGUCCUGCAGCCAGUGGGACAUGGUGGGAACCUCCUGCAAGAAAAACCAUCUGCAGGUAGGGAGAGGCAGGCCCUUCAAACCUCCAAAAACAGACAUGGUCCCGACAGAAUCCUAUCUGUCCCAGCUGUCCUGGCAAGACUCCCCUCUGUACACCGAAACGCAGCCGGAGAGGCGUAUGUCGCAGUCGGAGCCCCCCAGCCCCGCACCAGGUCAGCAGCCUCUCCAGGUCGUGGACCUGUGGGAGCAGUACUUGGACCUGCCCACAGGGAGAUGCUACUACGUCAACAGCAUCACCAAGGAGAGGUCCUAUAAACCCCCCCGCCGGGCUCGUGGACGCACUGCCAACCAACAGGGUGGUCCAGUACAACCUCAGACGUUACCCAGAGAAACCAGCCAUCUGUCGCUACCGCUUCCUGAAACUGGCAACAGAACCAUGAACACGUUGUCAUCUGAUCACCUCUUCGGGACCCACCAGAGGAGUACUGGCAGCGGCUGGCAGAUGAAACAGAGCAUGCAGCGCGCCGCCUCCUCUGACACCCUGAGCACAAUGACGUUGAACAAUGCCGACGCCCAGCGCCGUAGCUCUGCCGCCCCGCACGACGUCACGCAGCAGCUCAGCCACUCUCAAUCUAUGAUCCUGCCUGAGAACGGCAAGAUAGUGCAGCAGUGCAGGGAUUACGCCUGUAAUGUGACCAACAUCGUGGUGGAGCCUCCGUCUCCCGCGAGCUCUCCAGACAGCGACGGCGGCACCCCGGAGUUGGAGAAAGCCGGCCUCUUGAACAAGACAAAGAUUGCAGAAGGAGGCCGGAAGCUGAGGAAGAAUUGGAGCCCCUCCUGGGUGGUGUUGGUCGGCAACAGUCUAGUUUUCUUCAAGGAUCCCAAAUCACAGACACCUUCCAGCUGGAAGCCAGGAAACAGUCGUCCUGAGAGCAGUGUGGAUUUAAGAGGAGCAAAGCUGCACUGGGCUGACGACCUGUCCAGCAAGAAAAACGUCUUCAAGCUGAGGACGGUGACGGGCAACGAGUUCCUGCUGCAGUCGGAGACGGACGCUCUGAUCAAAGAGUGGUACAGCACCAUCCAGAACGUCAUCGACCGGCUGGACCGCGAAAACCCGCUGGACAAUGUCCUCCUGUACUCCCUGAGGCGAGCGGGCAGCUUAGAGAUCCUGGACCACAGCGGAGACGAAGAUGACAGGAGAACGUCGCUCCCUCGCUCGGCGUCCAACCUGGAGAACACGGAGAGGAAGAGAGUAAAGACACGGCUGAAGAAGCUUAUCUUGAAGAGACCUCCUCUGCAGGCGCUGCAGGAGAAAGGGCUCAUUAAAGAUCAGGUGUUCGGCUGUCGUCUGGAGAUGCUCUGCGAGAGAGAAAAGAGCACCGUCCCUCGCUUCGUCAGACUUUGUACCGACGCUGUGGAGAAGAGAGGGCUGGACGCCGACGGCAUCUACCGCGUCUCAGGGAACCUGGCAGUGAUUCAGAAACUCCGCUUCCUGGUGGACCACGAACGCGCAGUGACUACAGACGGACGUUACAUGUUCCCGGCGGAGUUUGUACAAGAGGAGAAGCUGAAUUUGGACCGGAGCGAAUGGGAGGACAUUCAUGUCAUCACGGGAGCCUUGAAACUUUUCUUUCGCGAGCUUCCCGAGCCCCUCGUGCCCUUCGGCUUCUUCACCGACAUCGUGGAGACAGUCAAGAUGACCGACCACAUGGACAGAGUGGAUCGUUUGAAGUGUCUGGUGCUUAACAUGCCUCCUCCGAACCACGACACGCUGCAGUUCAUGUGCUGCCAUCUCAAACGCGUGUUGGAGCGUUCAGGCACCAACCGAAUGACCACCCAGAACAUCGGCAUCGUGUUCGGGCCAACUCUGAUGCGUCCGGAGCGGGACAACGGCAACAUGGCGGUGAAUAUGGUUUACCAGAACCAAGCGGUGGAACUCAUCCUCAGCGAGUUUGACCACAUCUUCGGAACAAGAGGCCCGUCUUGAUCUUUUUCGGCCAGAGGGGGGGAUUCAAAAGGCUUAUCCAGACCCGACAGAUUCACAAGUAUUGCAGCUUUUGUCCUCUUUGCCUGUGGACUCAUGUGGUUUAAAAUAAGUUUCACAUCAAAAGAUAAUUACGGGGUAAAAAGAACCAGGACAGAAAGCUGCUAAUAGUGACAUCUGGCCUCCAUAUAAAGCCACGUUAAAACCAUAAUAAUAAAACAAACCCAUUUUAGCUGCAAUACCUCUUGUUUUUUACUGCAGACGUUGAGUGCAGCGUUCUUAACUGCUGGAGCGGACGCUUCCUUGUCAUUUUUCCUUGACGUUUCAGACUAUCAGGAUAAAUAAAAGCCAGUGAUUAACCCCCCGACUAGCUGAGUAGUAAUCAGAUAUUUGAGGAAGGAUGUGUCUUAUGACCUGGCACAAGAACAGAACUCGGCACAACCAUCUCACUGUGAAAACCUAUGCACCAGCACCUUCUGCAGAAAGACUGGACAGAUCCCACCUGCAGCGGCAAGCAGAGGAUUCUUUCAAAUAUGCAAACCAGCAGGAAGCCAUCUACGUGUGGAAAUGCAACCGCAUACCUGCUGAGGUUAUACAGUGUUUCGAUGAAGAAUUUGUACGUAUAUUUCAGACUUCAGAGGUAAAGUUCAAUGGGGAACUCUUCCAAGUCAAAAGCAUGAUUUCAGUGUCAAUAGGGCAGCGAAUGUUCCCUUUGUACCAAACAGUACGUUUUAGUGCGCGUGGACCUUUGAAGUUUCCCGUAUUGUACAAAUCUGGAUCUGUCAUCUAUUUUUAUUUGUUCAAAUUCCUCAGAUAAAGUUAAAUAAUAUGAAUGUGUAAAUAUGUGAACUACUGUCUUUGUCAACUAGUAGCACUUUGCAUACAGUGUUUAACCGUAACAUUAUAUAUUAGCCAGAUUCAAACUAAUACAUUUGCUUUUAAAUGAACGGUGUGUCGUUAAAAUAUGGCUUGGACCAAAUUGUUAACUCUCCUGCAAUAAAAUUUCACAAACUGA